UGACUCCCACACCAGGGGCCCCAGCCGUCCUGUCCUCACUGUGGUUCCCCACGUAUGGCGGAGCGGGAGGCCCCGUUCUGGGGAUCACAUGAUGGGCCUCGCUGACCACCGCUUACCCGCUCUUUCCUGGUGGGACCCUUCAGUCUGUAAAACGAUGUCGCAGAAGUAACCACCUUAAAGGGUGUGAGAGUUUAGUGAGAAGUCUUCUCCUGGAAUACUUAGCAGGGAGCCUGGUAUCUAGGGAUCAGUGGUUCACCGUGACCGUCGUGGCCGGUAUAGGACGAGCUGUAGCGUUCUUUCUCCGUCUCACACAUGCCUCCCCUCCUAGGCUUCCCAGUUCUUCGGAUUGAAUAUUGGGGACGUCUUGCCCCAAGCUGUACUAUUUCACACUUAACAAGUGCUGGUCGUUCUGGCUAUUAAAGAGAGUCUUUCUUUGGAAAUAGCUUUGUCCAAACAUGUCGAAAAAGCUUAACGGAAUGCAGGAGUGCAAAAAUAAAAGGCCCUCAACAUUGCAAGUAGCCUAGGGGGAAGUGAGAAAGCAUCUAAAGAUGAAGGCGUUUCACACCAUCUGCAGACAGCUCAGAAGUUCAAAGGGGUUUUCUCUAGAACCAACCGCCCAUGUGGAUUUUUCCACUUCCUCUUAUUCUUGUAGCCGGAAGAAAAAAGUGAACCCUUAUAAAGAAGUAGACCAAGAAAAGUACUCUGAGUUAGUACAGUCUGUCUUGUCAUCCAGAGGCCUUGCUCAGACUCCAGAAUCAUUGUUUGAGGAAGAUGAUUUACUCUAUGGACCUGUGAGUAAGUGUAAGCCCCCAAAGCAAAAUGAGGAAGCAAAAGCUCCAGGAAACUGGUGUCCUCUCUUAAUCCCAGAGAGAAGUGUAAAACCAAAUGCAACAAGUACUCCUACAGUUCCUUUGAGAAUCCCUUUGCAAAGAAAUACCAUACCAAGUGUGACCAAGAUCCUUCAGCAGACCAUGACAUCAGAACAGAUUUUCUUCUUGGAGAGGUGGAAACAGCGGAUGAUUCUGGAACUGGGAGAGGAUGGCUUUGCCGAAUAUUCUUCAAAUAUAUUUUUACAAGGGAAACGGUUCCAUAAAGCCUUGGAAAGGAUACUUGCACCCCAAAGAGACUUGAAAGAGAGUGAUGAGAAUCUUGAAUCUGGAUAUAUCGAAAGUGUCCAGCAUAUCCUGAAAGAUGUCAGUGGAGUGCGAGCUCUUGAAAGCGCUGUUCAGCAUGAUACCUUAAAGUAUGUAGGUCUACUGGACUGUGUGGCUGAAUAUCAGGGCAAGCUGUGUGUGAUUGAUUGGAAGACAUCGGAGAAACCGAAACCUUAUAUUCGAAAUACAUUUGACAACCCGCUGCAGGUUGUGGCCUAUGUUGGUGCCAUAAAUAAUGAUGUCAACUAUAGCUUUCAGGUUCAGUGUGGCUUAAUUGUGGUGGCCUACAAAGAUGGAUCCCCUGCCCAUCCACAUUUCAUGGACACUGAGCUCUGUUCCCAGUACUGGGCCAAGUGGCUUCUUCGACUAGAAGAAUAUACAAAGAAGGAAAAGAACCAGAAUAUUCAGAAACCAGACUAGGGGACAGAAUGAUGUCUGGGAACAUUCACUAGUUCCUCACAGUUUGGGAAGAUCUAUUGCUGUUUACGGUAGAGAUGCCACAGGAUCUGAGCUACAUAACCCAAGUAUUUGUUGAAAUGUAUUACAACUAAAAAGAUCAAAAAGCCAGAAAAGUUUAGAUUUUAAGGGUUGGACUUGAGCACAUAAAAGAAGCACAAGUAAGCAUGGUUUAUCAUUUACCUGAAAAAGGGAAGCAGGAUUCACACAGCAUUGGUGGCUCUUGGACUGCCCUGUAGAACUUUCUGUAUCCCGAGCAGGAUGCCCAGUCCUUGAAUUAAGAUUGGCGGGCGUGAGGCUUGGUGUGCAAGAAGUUCCCCAGGGUACCCCAGGAGGAAAGGGGUCACAUGCCCCCACGGUGUGUGUGGUGGGAGAAAUCACAUCGGCCAAAUCCUACUGCCGACAUGGUUUCCUAAAACUGGUUUUAUAUAUAAGUUGAGGUUUUCUAUAUAUUUCACUGGGGAGAAAAAACUUCCAUUUAACAUUUCUGAAAAAAUUUAUUUUUUUCAUAUUUAAUGUGAUUCCUUAGCCUCAAGUAAACAUUGCUCUCUGGAAAGAUGGAGCAUUUUCACAUGGUUGAUAAUCCCCCCCUUAGCAUACCAGUAAAUAACCCCCAGGAGUAGCCAGACCCUAGUCUGAGAUUCAUAAUCAUGGAUAUUUUAGUAGCUCUGUUCUGGUUUGAAUCAAUGAACCAUGUACAUAAAGAAAAAAUAUCAUUUGUGAGAUUCUUCAGCUAGGGGGAACAGUAAUUUUUGUGUGUUUGAUAAGUAAUAAAAAGUACUAGUUUUCACUGGGAUCGGGAAACUUAAAUGCCCGCUAUAGCUUUGGGGGAAGGCUCCUUAUUUUAUGGAAUGGGAUAGCAUUUAAGUUACAGUUGUGGUCUUAAAAUAGUAAGGUGCUACAAUUAGUUUUUUUCUUUACUUAGCCAUUAAUUAUAAGAAAUAAAAUAUAAUAUGUGAGUAAAGUAAUGAGACUGUUG